UCUCGAGCUUUUGUUCAUCUGUUUCCAACAGCACGCCGGAGAACAGGAGCCAUUGCGACUCACCACCGCGCGGUGUUCAGCAGCAAACACUCAUCCGUUCCUACAUUCAAACAGGACGUGGAUACUGAACUAGUUUCACUCCCGGACUUUCGGUGUUUAAAGCCUCAGCAACUUACAAACACAACAUGGAGAGCGAGAACAAAUACCUCCCGCAGCUGCUGGCGGAGCGCGACAGCCUGGACCCGUCCUUCACACACGCCAUGAAACUUAUAUCAGCAGAAAUUGAAAAAAUUGAGAAAGGGGAUACUGAGAAAGAUACAGAAAGCUACCUGGACCUCUUUACCAUGAAAAACAUCAAACUGAAGGAAAGGAUCCUCAUACCAGUCAAACAGUACCCUAAGUUUAACUUUGUUGGGAAGAUCCUUGGACCGCAGGGGAACACCAUCAAGAGACUGCAGGAGGAGACGGGCGCUAAGAUCUCUGUGCUGGGGAAAGGAUCCAUGAGGGACAAGAAUAAAGAGGAAGAGUUGAGGAAAAAUGGAGAACCAAAGUAUGCACACUUGUCUAUGGAGCUUCAUGUGUUUAUUGAGGUGUUUGCUCCUGUUCCUGAGGCAUACAUGCGCAUGGCACAUGCUAUGGAGGAGAUCAAAAAGUUUUUGUUUCCUGACAUGAUGGACGACAUUUGUCAGGAGCAGUUCAUGGAGAUGAAGUUUCUAAAUGGCGGUCAGGAACACGGAGGCAGAGGCCGAGGAGGACCACCCAUCAGAGGCCGUGGAGGUCUUCCUCCUCCUGGAGCACCCAGGGGUCGUGGUAUGCCCCCACGUGGAGGUGGCCGUGGCCUACCCCCUCGUGGUGGAGCCGCAAGGGGAGCUCCUGCAGGCAGAGGUGGACCAUCAGCCCAGCCACCUAGAGGAGCAGCUUCAAACCGUGCCCGUCCACCUGCCCCUGGCGCUCCGCGGAUGCCUCCACCCCCUCAGACCCAAGAGUCCUACGAAGAAUAUUCUUAUGAUGAGAGCUACGCAGACACCGGCUAUGAAUCUUAUGACAGUUACUACAGUCAGCCACAAGCAGCAGAAACUGAAUACUAUGACUAUGGACAUGGAGAGACACAGGAGGGGUAUGAAAACUAUGCUCAAGAUGACUGGAAUGGGACACCGCGUACUGCUGCUGCUGCCGGUGGAAAAGCUCCAACUCAGAGACAGACUAAACCUGGGUUCAGGGAACACCCCUAUGGACGAUACUAAGUCUGACUAGUGGAACGUCACCCAACGCGUCGCCAUGACAACUGUCUCCCAUGGCAGCUCACGCUUUAAGCUACCCGACAAAAGUAAUUGUCUGUUUGUUUUUGGCUUUGUGUUUUUUUACUCCGGACUUUAAAGAAACUCGACAGAGCGGCAUUUGAAUGCCUCAAGAAUCGACUUAACCUUUAGAAGGGAUUAGAGUUUAAACAUGGCUGUUUUUUGGUUUGAUUUGUUUUUGUUUUUUUGUUUUUGCCAAUAUCUCUUCCUCUGCUCAUACCUACCCUUGCUUUUUUGCAUUUGUCGAUGGUAAACAUUUGUUCCACAGAUUGGAAAAAGUAUUUAGUUGAAAGGUAAAGUCUAACAACUGUACAGCCACUUUUUGUGUCUCAGGACGCUACUUUAAUUUGUGUUACCUUAAAAACUCUGCUGAGGUGCAGUUGCAGAUUCCCAUGUAGGCUACAUUUCAAAAUUCUGUUUAAUAUUAGCGUAUCAAAACAACCCUAAACUUAACGUCUGUUUUGUAAUAAGGAAUAUAAAUUACUCUUGUCAAAAUGUCUUUUAAUGGUAUAUCCAACAGCCAUUGAUUAUUCAUUUGUUUUAAAUAAAUAGUCUUAAAAGCUGUUAAUGUAGAUUUUAGGCCUCGAUAAUUUUCCAUGUAUGUUUAGAGUUUUGAAAUAUAGCCCAGUUAGACGCUGUUGAGAUGGAAUGUCCUCAAAUCCUUAAUUUGUUAAAAUAAUGUCACACUUCAAAACUGUUCUGUAGAAUAAUCCAUGUUUGGCUACGUAAUGUUUAAAAGAGCAAAAAAAAAAAAAAAAAAAAAAAAGCAACAGUCAGAUUAUCAUGGAUGACGCCAUGCUAUAUAAACUGCAUGCACAAACUGCUUUAAAAAACAAAACAAAGGAUUUGGACAACAAUCUCCACAAGGGUCAUCACUUUCUAAUGUAAAGGGAUACUGCAGCUAAAACCGACUCCAUUGUACAUAAUUUUAAAAAGGAAAAAACCAACCACAUCAAACUGUACUUUACUGCCAUUUAGUAUUUGUAUCCUCUCCAUAAAAUGCAGAAUGACAUAUGUGUAAGCUUGCCUAAAUAGGUAACUAAAUCUGUCCAAAACAUGUUUUGCAGCAGUUGUCAAUAAAGCCUAGAUUGUUUUUUAUGAAACUUUAA